AUAAUCGGUCUGACUCGCACUUCAGAAGUUAUAAGGCUUACUGCUGUGUACUGUUUUGUUUUAGAAUGUGACUGAGUUAGAUUUUUAUAAGUCACCUUGACAUGCAUUCAAACUUCUGAGACAAAUAUAUUUCCUCACGAUUUCAAAGUAAAUGCAUCCCUUCCACUGAAAAAGCGACCUUUCCUGAGCGUUCCUGUUACAAGACUAAGUCAAGGCUGCACACGUUAUCCACGCGAAGGCAGUUUGCACCCCGAAAAUCCUUCUGAUCUGCAAUUUUUUCAACCAAAGUUUACAUUCUAAGAUCAGUGCACCCUGGAAGAUGUCUCAAUUCCAAAACUCCCCGCGCAAUACGCUGAAAACGAGCGUUUUCUACCAGCAUUUCCAAGUUCGCUUCUUUCUGCUCAAGAUGCUUUUGAUGCGAAGACUGAACAUGGCCGCGGAAGAGGCUUGGAACCUACUUUAGUCAUCUAACGCUUUCGUAACUUAUUUUACGCUUUUUCUCGAGACGUGAGCUUGGGACAUCUGUGUUGUGAUCGUAGAUAGUUUCCUCUCGUGUAGGGCUGUUAGUGUUAUCCGUCACUGUGCUAGAUAUUUCUUUAAAUAACAAACAGUAAAGAGGAGUUAUAUUAUUUUUAGGACUAUAAUGAGUACAUGUGGUGAUGGUGUUCAUCACAUUUUGCUUCGCGCCGAGACAAAACCAAAUGAGCAGCGGAGAGCUCUAACCCCCGAUAAAUGCCAGGAGUUAAUUGAAAAAGGUUUUCAAGUUUCUGUAGAAUAUUCUGACCAGUCAGCCUUCAAGAAUGAGGAAUAUCAGUGCAUACCAGGAAUCAGUAUGGUCCAAGCUGGAUCUUGGGUCCAUGUUCCGAAUGAUGUUAUAAUUUUGGGACUAAAAGAGCUUCCUCAGUCUGAUGAACCAGUAUCUCAUAGACACAUCUACUUUGCUCAUGCUUAUAAGAAUCAGACAGGUUGGGCAACUUUACUCCAUCGUUUUAUUAAGGGAGGGGGCAGCAUUUUAGACAUUGAAUUUAUGACAGAUGUAGAAGGUAGGAGAGUUGUGGCAGAAUUUAGUGGAAUGGCCGGACUUGUUGGAAUGGGACUGGGAAUACUUGCUUGGUGCCAUCAACAGUUGAGUUCUGAUAAGCCAAUGGGUGAGGUGAAACCAUAUGGUAAUGAAGCAGCUUUCAUUGAUCACAUAGCACUACAAAUCAAACAAGUUGCUGAAUUAAAAGGUGUUCAAAAAGUUUUCCCUCUGAUAAUGGUGAUUGGUGCCUUGGGUCGCUGUGGAAGAGGAGCAUCAGAGAUUGCCCAUAAACUGGGUAUUCCAAAGUCUUCUAUAGCAGAAUGGGACAUGGAAGAAACAAAGGCUGGAGGGCCAUUUGAGGAGAUACUAAACUAUGAUAUUCUUAUUAGUUGUAUUCUCCUAACAGAGAAAAUUCCACCAUUUCUCACAAAGGAAAUGUUAGAGAGAGAAGACAGGAACCUGAGUGUGGUGGUUGAUGUGAGCUGUGAUCCUAAUAAUCCAUACAACCCUUUGCCUUUCUACCAUGCAACAACUUCAUUUGAUAAGCCCUGUGACAGAAUAAGGCUUAGAUCUGCUAAGAAACUUGAUGUCAUAGCUAUAGAUCACUUGCCUUCUGCUUUACCCCGUGAAAGUAGUCAGAGAUUUGCCAAUAAGAUGACACCUUAUUUGCUGAGAUUAAGCGAUGAUCCUGUUUGGAACAGAACCAAGAACAUGUUUGAUAAAAAAGCUAUGGAAGCAAUGGCAAUUUUGAAUUCUGGCUUCCUUCAUUGACAUUAAGGGAAUCUUGACAUACUUUCCACUAAAUGAUUAGAGAUUACUUUACAGUUUUAAAACCAUUAAUAUUUAGCAGACUCAUGUUAAGACGUGAUGUGCACUUGCAAUUUUUUAAAUUGAAAUUGAUCCUGAAAUAUUUUCAUUUCAUGAAGCAUCUUUAACCACCCCUGGUGGAGUAAAAUGAAAGGGAUGAGAAGUUUGUUUUAGGUUGUAUCAAAUUAAUUUCAUCAAUUAUAUGACUGGUCCAUGCAGUUGUCUUCAGGUGAAUGUUUGACAUUUGAUUUGAGCAUAAGCUUCAAGCCAAUAAUAUCACUACUCUACUUGAAUGUUAUUAACAUCUUAUUUGAAACAAAUUGUAUUCAUCACAUAUGGAGGACCACUUAUCUAUUAACUGAAUAUUUUAUAUAUGUUGGAGUAAAUUAAGUUAUUUUUAUCUGUCACGUUGCUGUGCAAAGAACGCUUUACAACUUUAUAUGACCUUUUUUUUUCUUAAAAUGCAGCUUUGUGUCGUUUUGAUUACGUGAUUAUAAAAUAUCCUUUUUUGGCUAGCUGCACAAAGAGUUGUUUCAGUUUAGUUUCCUUUACAUCAUAGAAGUAUAUUAGGCAUUUUUUCACGCAAACAUUUUAGUUUUAAGGAGUUGUCCCUGGAGUAAAGAGGAGUUUUAUAGGAGUCUUUCAGAGUUUUUUUUUACAACUUGGAGUUUUCUCAUACCCAGAGUCAAGAUCAAACGUAACUCACGAUUGUCAGUUGUGUUUUCUGUUGUCAGAUUUGUAGUUUAGCUUGUUUCCUUAGCUUAGACAAAUCGUGCAUUCCUUUUUAGUUUUCACCGCAAGUGUUGUAACAAGUGGGCUAGCCUGAUUACAUGAUUUAGUCCAAAUAAACGUGUGUAAGAGUCUGCUGUC